GUGUUUAUGGCUAAAUGGAGGGGAGGGCUGAGGGGGUAUCCGAUAAGGCAAAGAGGGGGAAAGGAAGAAGACCAUCUCCCUGUGAAUUGAACAAGAAAAUUCAACAAUGAACGCAAUGCAAACAUUUUCGGCGCCGCCGAGAAGCUGGCUCUCUACAAGUUGUAGUCCUACAUGUUCAUUCCUCCAUUUAGGUUUCGCUAGGGAUGCUAUAGUUCGAAAUAGUGCUCCAUCCCGCCGAAAGAAAAGUUUGAUAUUUCCUAGGGCAAGCUCUUCUUCUGAUCCACUGCUGGUUCAAGCUGCUAGGGGGAAUAUUGUUAGCAGGCCUCCAGCAUGGAUGAUGCGCCAAGCAGGAAGGUAUAUGGCUGUCUAUAGAAAACUUUCAGAGAAACAUCCAUCCUUCAGAAUGAGGUCAGAGAACGUUGAUCUCAUUGUGGAAAUUUCUUUGCAGCCUUGGCGAGCUUUCCAUCCAGAUGGUGUUAUAAUUUUCUCUGACAUACUUACCCCUCUCCCUGCGUUUGGUGUCCCUUUUGAAAUAGACGAAGUAAAAGGUCCUAUUAUUCAGAGCCCGAUUUGUUCAGAGGCUGAUCUGAAUAAUUUGCAUCCCAUUGACUUGGACAAGCUUCAAUUUGUGGGAGAAUCUCUAAAGAUCUUGAGAUCUGAGGUUGGAGAGCAUGCAGCAGUUCUUGGUUUUGUUGGAUCACCAUGGACAAUUGCUACUUAUAUUGUGGAAGGGGGUACAACUCGGACUUAUGCAACUAUUAAAAGCAUGUGCCAUACUGCACCACAUGUGUUAAAGACUCUACUUUCUCAUCUCACACGAGCAAUUUCUGAGUACAUCAUCUUUCAAGUAAAAUCUGGAGCACAAUGCAUACAGAUUUUUGAUUCAUGGGGUGGACAGAUACCUCCACAUGCUUGGGAGCAAUGGUCAAGGCCGUACAUUCAGAAGGUGGUAAGUGCUGUAAGAAAAGAAUGCCCUCAGGUACCUCUUGUAUUGUAUAUCAAUGGCAACGGCGGUCUCCUGGAACGAAUGAUUGGUACUGGUGUUGAUGUUAUUGGACUUGACUGGACAGUUGACAUGGCAGAUGGAAGGAGGAGACUAGGAAACAAAGUCGCCGUGCAGGGCAAUGUUGAUCCUGCUUAUCUUUUCUGUCCGCUGCCAGCUUUAACAGAUGAAAUUCACAGGGUUGUUAAGAGUGCUGGACGCAGAGGACACAUUCUUAAUCUUGGCCAUGGCGUUCUUGUGGAUACCCCAGAAGAGGCUGUUGCACAUUUCUUUGAUGUAGUCAAAGGCUUGAGAUAUGACUCCCUUUUCAAAGAGACUGUGUUAGAAAAUCUGGAGCCUGUUGCUUGAGGUAACCUGAUUUUGUAUUUUUUAAAAUUCUCUCUUGUUUAUAUUUCAUAUCCAUUUAUGCAGAGUAUUUAGACGUUGUAAUAAUGUAUGUAUAAUUGAAUCUGAGAUUGGAAUAAAUAGUUUAAA